AAUCACCCUGUUCUCACAACAUAUUUCUCUCCUCUUCACUUUGCAGAAGCACAACCAUGGCACCUAUUAAUCAGAAAUCCGUUAUUACUUCCUCUCGUGACGUUCCCUUAAUGCAAUGUUUCCACGAUGACGCGAGCAGACGAUCGCAGCCCCCCGCGUGCUACAGUAGCAACGAUUGUGGAACUAGUGGUGGCAGAUGGCGUUGCAGUAGCAGCAACAGAAACUACCUCAACCACGCUAGUUUCGAGCGUAGAUGGUGCUGGUGGUACUUUGAGGAAGAAAUCAGUUGUCAGUGAAGACGGCAGCCACCACCACCUGUGCUUGUCCUACCCGGACAUGUCGAUCCACGUUGCACGCCAUACUUUGCUUGACUUUGUGUCCACCUUACGCCAUCGUCCCGACGCAUCCAUGAUUGUAGUUGCCAACAUUGACGUCCAUGGCAACUAUAUCGACUUUGGCUUACCAUCGCAGCGCGUUUUAUGCACACCGAACGCCGGAGGACCGAGUAUCAUGAGCGAGGCCAUGUCCGCCGAACUCAUUGACCGGUUGGUAGGGAUUCGCAACUUAUUGACCGAGACAGAAGUCCAAUACACGACCAAGGGCCCCAUUACCGAUUAUGCAUGCUACUCUGUGUCCACGUCGCAAGCACUCGGUGUUUCUGUUACACGUGCCAUGGCAUUUGGUCGCCGGUUCACGGCUCGCGAUGCUAUCCGAUUGAUGAAGAAAAAGAUCAACGGUAUCAACAAAUCGACAAAGACGGUGUCCAAUUACAAGUUUGAGCGACAGAUCCUGCAUGUCUGGGCAGCCACAGGUACAGACGCUGCCAUUGUGCGGCGUGCUUGUGCAAAGAUACCUGACCACAUACGAAAUAAUACCAUCAUACUUAUCACCACUAUUAAUAUGGAUUCUGUUUUUGCAAGUAAUUGAACUAUUACCAUUAUUAUUAAUAUGAUUUUUGUAAAAAAACACAAAAAAUAAAUUGUUUAUUCGU